GGAUUGCCGUUGGUUCAUUUGACGGGAUGCCGAAUCUGCAGUAUCUGGAUUUGUCGCGAAAUCGCAUUGAAUUCUGCGACUUUUUGCACUUUGGCGGACACAAUAAUUUGGUAACGCUGAUCAUCGACGAGAACGACUCGCAGGGUCAACAAAUAGAUCUAGUGCUCUCGUUAUCAGACUGUUUUCCGCGAGUGGAACAUCUUUAUCUACGUAAAAAUUUUCUCACUGAUAUAACAGCACCGUUGCAGAGAUAUUUUCCAUCAUUGACUCACCUCUAUCUGUCAGACAAUCGAUUGAAAGGUAGGACAUUUGAUUACCUCGAGCUUCCACUCACCUUGACCCAUCUCCACCUGGAACGUAAUUGGAUCCGUCGAAUGGAUACUCGAGGAUUGAUAAAUCUUUCUUCGCUCUUCCUCGAUGGCAAUCGAAUCCAGUCUAUUUGCCAUUUGCAGUGUCCCGGCGGUUCUUCUCACCUGAGUCUCCGCCAUUCCAAUCGACUCCAGUUUUUAUCGCUCUCGCGAAAUGAAAUUGGCUAUAUUGAAUGCGACAGCUUCGAUGACACUCGUUUUCUCAAGAGUUUAAAUUUAGCCCACAAUAAAAUUGAUUCUAUUGCCCAGGGGACUUUUGACGUUUUACAAGACCUUAGGGAUUUGUCUUUGAGCUACAAUCAACUUGUGAGUUUGCCAGAUUUUAGAAACGUCAGGAUGAUAACGAGCUUGUCAUUGGAUCACAAUCUAAUAGACCGUAUUCCCUCGGGAAUUUUUUGCAAUCUUUAUCAUCUCAAGUGGCUGUCGAUGGGUCAAAAUCACAUCAGAAGUGUUGCCGUGGAUGCAUUUGUGAACCUUCCGUCGCUUGAGGAGCUAGAUCUGUCGAACAACGAGCUCACUUACCUUCCUUAUGGCUGGAUCGAUGCUAACACACGUCUAAGACACCUUGAUGUCCGGGGAAACCGGUUUACGAGGAUCGAGGAUCUCGCCCUAGACUGCGCGCUAAGUCUGACGCAUCUUUAUCUCCAAGGUAAUCCGCUGACCCGAGUUGAUACACCCGCUUACUGGCGACUUGCUCACAAUGUCAGUGUUUAUUUGGAAUACAGCUCAUCAGUACAUAGAGAACCGUGCUAUGUGCGAUGCGAUCAAACAUAUAGAGAGUACGUUAUACCUCGGGUAACUUCUGGUGAUGAGUGGACUUGGUAGAGCUAGUUUAGUUCUCGAGUAACUAACGAGCUACACUCGCUGGAGAUUAGUUUAGUGUAGGA